CGUUCUGACCAGGGACACAAUAGAAGGUCCCAGUUAGAAUGGGAGAAAAAUGUAGAACAAAGCUCAAAUUCAUAAAAAAAGACCAGACUUAAUGGACUGAUAGAGACUAGAGGAACUCUGAAGACUAUCGCACGAAGAUACCCUUUUAAUCAGGAACUGAAGCCACUCCCAGAGGUCACCUUUCAGCCAAAUUAUAGGUUGGCCUAUAAAAUAAACAAUAACACCCAUGAGGAAUGUGCAUCUUUAAACAAUCAACUAUACGAGACCAAAUGGUCAGCGUUUACCUAAAGGCAAGGAGGGACAGAGAAGCUGGAUGGAUGUGGCAGGUGGGGUGGAAAUGCGUUGAGGGCGAGGCACCCAGCAGCGAGACCGGCACGUCGCUGGACAGCCCCUCAGCCUACCACCAGGGCCCCUUGGUGCCUGGCGCCAGCCUGAGCCCUGACCACUACGAGCACACGUCACUGGGGGCCUAUGGGCUGUACUCGGGGCCACCGGGGCAGCAGCAGCGCACACGGAGGCCCAAGCUGCAGCACUCGACCUCCAUCCUGCGCAAGCAGGCCGAGGAAGAGGCCAUCAAGCGUUCACGGUCACUCUCUGAGAGCUAUGAGCUCUCCUCGGACCUGCAGGACAAGCAGGUGGAGAUGCUAGAACGUAAGUAUGGGGGGCGCCUCGUGACCCGCCAUGCGGCCCGCACCAUCCAGACCGCAUUCCGCCAGUACCAGAUGAACAAGAACUUCGAGCGCCUGCGCAGCUCCAUGUCAGAGAACCGCAUGUCGCGCCGCAUUGUGCUGUCCAACAUGAGGAUGCAGUUCUCCUUUGAGGGGCCUGAGAAAGUGCACAGCUCCUACUUCGAGGGAAAGCAGGUCUCGGUGACCAAUGACGGCUCCCAGUUGGGUGUCCUAGUUCCGUCUGAGUGUGGUGACCUUGGUAAGCCAGCUGCCAUCAAGUCCCCAGCCACCUCCAGUGACUUUGCGGAUGCCAUCACAGAGCUGGAGGACGCCUUCUCCCGGCAGGUGAAGUCGCUGGCAGAGUCCAUCGACGACGCCCUCAACUGCCGCAGCCUACAUGCUGAGGAGGCACCGGCUUCAGAUGCAGCACGGGCCCGGGACACCGAGCCGAAGCCAACCCUGCACGGCAUGGACCACCACAAGCUGGACGAGAUGACUGCCUCAUACAGUGACGUCACCCUGUACAUUGACGAGGAGGAGCUCUCGCCACCUCUGCCCCUCUCACAGGUAGGGGAGCGGCCAUCCAGCACCGAGUCGGACCUGCGGCUUCGGGCCGGGGGCUCAUCCCAGGACUACUGGGCCCUGGGUCAUAAGGACGACAAGGGGGACACAGACACAAGCUGCCGGAGCACCCCUUCUCUGGAGCGGCCGGAGCAGCGGCUGCGGGGGGAGCACCUGCCGCUGUUGACCAUCGAGCCGCCUAGCGAUAGUUCCGUGGACCUCAGCGACCGCUCGGACCGCGGCUCACUCAAGAGGCAGAGGGCCUAUGAGCGCAGCCUCGGCGGACAGGAGGGCAGCCCCAAGCACGGCCCCCACGGUGGCCCCCCCAAGGGCCUCCCCCGGGAGGAGCCCGAGUUGCGACCCCGGCCCCCCAGGCCCCUUGACAGCCAUCUGGCCAUCAAUGGCUCAGCCAACAGGCAGAGCAAGUCUGAGUCGGACUACUCGGAUGGGGACAACGACAGCAUCAACAGCACAUCCAAUUCCAACGACACCAUCAACUGCAGCUCCGAGUCAUCGUCCCGCGACAGCCUGCGGGAGCAGACGCUCAGCAAGCAGACCUACCACAAAGAGACCCGCAACAGCUGGGACUCGCCGGCCUUCAGCAAUGACGUCAUCCGCAAGAGACACUACCGCAUUGGCCUGAACCUCUUCAACAAGAAGCCCGAGAAGGGAGUCCAGUACCUCAUCGAACGUGGCUUUGUGCCAGACACGCCGGUGGGGGUGGCCCACUUUCUGCUGCAGCGCAAAGGCCUCAGCCGGCAGAUGAUUGGCGAAUUCCUGGGCAACCGACAGAAGCAGUUCAACCGCGAUGUGCUUGACUGCGUGGUGGACGAGAUGGACUUUUCAGCCAUGGAGCUGGAUGAAGCCCUCAGGAAAUUCCAGGCUCACAUCCGCGUCCAGGGGGAGGCGCAGAAAGUGGAGCGGCUCAUCGAGGCCUUCAGCCAGCGGUACUGCAUCUGCAACCCCGGGGUAGUGCGGCAGUUCCGGAACCCAGACACCAUAUUCAUCCUGGCCUUCGCCAUCAUCCUGCUCAACACGGACAUGUACAGCCCCAACGUCAAGCCCGAGCGUAAGAUGAAGCUGGAGGACUUUGUCAAGAACCUCCGAGGUGUGGAUGAUGGUGAGGACAUUCCCCGGGAGAUGCUCAUUGGGAUCUACGAGCGGAUCCGCAAGCGGGAGCUGAAGACCAACGAGGACCAUGUGUCUCAGGUGCAGAAGGUGGAGAAGCUCAUUGUGGGGAAGAAGCCGAUUGGAUCCCUGCACCACGGGCUUGGCUGCGUGCUCUCUCUGCCCCAUCGUAGGCUGGUCUGCUACUGCCGGCUCUUCGAGGUUCCAGACCCAAAUAAACCCCAGAAACUCGGACUGCACCAGAGAGAAAUCUUCCUGUUUAACGAUCUCCUCGUGGUCACCAAGAUCUUCCAGAAGAAGAAGAACUCAGUGACAUACAGCUUCCGACAGUCCUUCUCCCUGUACGGCAUGCAGGUCCUGCUUUUUGAGAACCAGUACUACCCCAAUGGCAUCCGGCUUACGUCUGCUGUCCCUGGUGCAGACAUCAAAGUGUUAAUAAACUUCAACGCGCCCAAUCCUCAAGACCGGAAGAAAUUCACUGAUGACCUGCGGGAAUCCAUUGCAGAAGUGCAGGAGAUGGAGAAGCACAGAAUAGAGACGGAGCUCGAGAAGCAGAAGGGCGUCGUGCGGCCCAGCAUAUCCCAGUGCUCCAGCCUCAAAAAGGAGUCAGGCAACGGGACACUGAGCCGGGCCUGCCUGGAUGACAGCUAUGCCAGCAGCGAGGGCCUCAAGCGCAGUGCCCUCAGCAGCUCCCUAAGGGACCUCUCAGAAGCGGUUUCAGCCUUUCGAACCACUGCAGCCACCAGUGCUUUGCUCCUAAGCCGCAGGACCCGAGGACUGCCCAGUGGCCCCUGCCCAGGCGGAGAACCCUUUCAGAAAGGGCGAAGCUAAAACAUGACUCUGCGGGCCGCGGGCACGUGGCCCUGCUUUCACUAUACAACGCGGAGCGCGGUAGCUGGACUGCAGGAAGGGAGGGGAAGUCCACCUCUGGCUUUGGGUCACUCUGGCUGGGUGGUCGGGGGGUUUGCCAAUGUCCCUGCCCUCCCACCUCCUUUGUCAUAUCAUUGAGAUCACCAUACCAGCAAAUCUGCGAACUGAGCACUUUGUUAAUCUUCAUGGAGAGCAAAUACAGCAAUCUAGAGUUUAGCCUUUUUUUUAAAAAAAGUGGCUUUAACCUGCCUACCUUUGUCUUCCCAUCGGUGUAGUAUUUCUUUCUUUGGCAUCUGCUCUGAAAGAGAGAAAUAAGAAGAAUGUGUAUUUCUCAUUUGGUCCAGGCCUGGCUGGUGGGAGGCAACACGGUUUCAUCAACUCCUAAAUUCUUUGGUUUUCCUCAAAAGUCAGGCUCCUUGAGGCACUCUCUGUCUUGCAGUUUACAAGAUGUUGUUUCUGACCAAGAAGAGUUGGAUUGUACUGCAUGUCAUCAGCAUCAGUUGUGUGAGGCUACACUCUAUGUAUUGUAUAUUUGCAAAUAUAUCAGUGUUACUGUUGACAAAUAGUUGAAGUAAAGUGAUAACAUAUUAAAUAUGUCAGCUUUUCUUCACCGUCUGUACCAAUGGUAAAGUCUAACUGUAAACUUUAGUUGUUCCAGAAAAGAUAUGGACUGUUUGGUACAAAAUUGAUCUUUCCGAAGGGGCAUCACUAAUGGAAGACAAACAGUAAACCCAGUGGAGGGGUCUCUCUCCAUUGCUGUCCGGCGUGCUGCAGGGCCCAUUAGGAAUGCUCACCCUCCAAAGCUAUCGGCAAUGUGUCCUGAAGCUUUGUUGGGGGUGUAGGAGGGCUGAUCUAGUGAAAAGGGCUAAACCAAUUAAGUUUCUUCCCAUGUUUCCAACUUUAUACUGUGGAUUGGGUCCAGGUCAAUGAGAUUUCAUCAUUAUUUAAUUUUAUUUCCAAGCUUAUUGUGAGAAGUGUUUCUGGAAGGUACAUUGUUUGAUUAAGGAGGGUGGAAUCAUGCUGCCCAAAUCUUCUUUGGAAAGCAAAAGCUUCUAACAAACUGGCAUCCCCCAUAUUGCUUUCAUGGUGUUGUACCCUGCAGAUCCCAAACAGUAACUUCCCCUAUCGCUCACUCCCCUGGAUAGGAAGAUGAAGGAGGCUGAGGGCCAUGGGGAUGUUUGAGUCAUCCUUUCUUACUGUCGGGAAAUGUUUGGAACAUUUUUCUCAAGUUGCACAAAUUAUUUCAGUUAGAUAAUGGUUUCUGACAGGAGCAGGAGAUCCUUAGAGGAAGUAGCUGGUAACAUCAUGAUCUUUUCUGGGACAACAAUUAAAUCAUGUAUUUGUAUUUUUUUAAGCUUAUGAAUGAAUUGUACAACAAUGUAAAAAUAAAGUUCAUCCUAAUAUGAUGUGUACAUGUUGCUUAAAAAUGUCUUCAGCCAUCCAGUGUAGAGUGAUUUUUCCCAUCACACACUGCAUGCAGCAGAAGCCUCUUGUUUUUCUUUAAAAUGAGCUGAAAAGACAGUCAGCAGAUAUUUAACAAUGACUCUAGGUGUCCAUUCAGCAUUCCCUGUAAGCUGUGUCUCUACAGGUAAGCAUGCAUCAUACAGUUUUCGUUGUAAAAUAUCAUCACCCUUCCUACCUGAAAAAUGAGUAAUUUUAUAAGUAUUUUAAAUAAUAACAACAAUAAUCAAGGAAACAGAGUGCAAAAUUAGAGUGACUUAGGGGUGGUGAACACGAGACAAGCAGGAGGAAUGGACACCUUUCUCAGCUUGUACAUAGCAUGCAAACUAGUGUAACUGCUCUGUCUGCAGUCACAUUGAGGCAGCUUACUAUAUCUGUCUCCUCUCAGGAACAGUCAUUCACCUUCAAGUUGUUUUAAACUAUUAGAAUCAGGUCUUGAAUGCAGACUGUUCAAAGACUUCAAAAGACACCUUGCUCACAAGAAGCCCGGCACCCACUAUGUAACUUUGGGGAGGAAAGGAGUGCUUUUGUUUUAAUAUGCAUUCUGUUUGUGAGUAGUAACAGAUUCUAUUGAUGUAAAAGCAUAGCUGUGAUCAUGUGGAGAAAUCAAAUAAAUCCUUUAAAACUC